CGGUAUGUGACAACGUCCAGUGAGCCAGUGCAACUCCAAUCUAUCCACAACACUCGCAUACCUCACUUGAUUCCGUCAUUCUAGCAACAUUUCCAAUCCAAACCUCCCGCGACCCCGAUGUCCAAUCCACAAGACAUGCGGUGACGCCUCAUCGAGCCCUGUGAGCUUCGCAAGCAGCUUGGCGUCCAGCCCAAGCUAUGCGAGCGGUAUGUGCACUUGAUGAGAUACCGAUUUGGCGGGGGAAUACCCAGCGCACGCGCUCGCAUACCUCGACGCAGUCUUCCAAUGGACGCUGCGAUUGUAUCCCAAAGUCAUCGAACACGCCGUGGCCCGCCAUCGUACCCCGCUUCCUACGUUUGCGCGACUCCGCCCCUCGCAUCCACAAAGUGCUCGAUAUGCCACCAAAGGUACCGUCAUUCACUCUCCAUCUCCUGUGCGAGCGGCCUUCCAUGCCCCUGCGUCGACAUAUCCCCACCUGUGCAGGCCAGAUUGUCACUGUUCCGGCCCAUUUCAUAAAGCACGUCCCGCGCGCUCUGAAGGCUUUGAUGCGAGGGCGUUCCAGCCAGCGCGCUGGAUCGAGGAGGACGGAUCCCGCUGUGCGCAUAGGUGAUUUAAGGCCGCCGGCACGCCCGGAAGUUCACACAAAUGGGUAUGUGACGCAUCGGUCUUGGGUAUAGGUUCGUGCUCGCGAUGACCGAGUCGUGCUGUGUGCGGUGAUGCGCUUUAGAUUGAGGACGAGCGGAAGACGAGGAUCGAGGUGAUCCCGGGCUGAUCGA